GUGGUGGUGGUCUGAUUGGCCUGUCUCAUUCACGCCCACUGGUCUUUAAAUCAUUGUCUAGAGCCCCAAAGGUUCAUAUAAGUCAACACUGUCGCAGGGGUCUGCCAUUUCAAACAAUUCCAGAAAGAUCGCACAGGACUGGAUAAAUAAUUAAGAACAGAGUGUUCUGAACAUCAGCCCAAAGAGGAAGAACCUUAAGCUGAAGGUACAGCCUACUGUUUACACUGAAGGAGCUUGUGUGUGGACAAGAAGCGCUGACAGCUGAAAUGGAUCCCAUGGAACUGAGAAAUGUCAACAUCGAACCUGAUGAUGAGAGCAUCAGUGGAGAAAGUGUUCAAGAUGGCUACACUGGGAUGGGAAAUUUAGAAAAGGCAGCAAUGAGCAGUCAAUUUACUAACGAAGAUGCUGAAAGUCAGAAAUUCCUGACAAAUGGAUUUUUGGGGGAAAAGAAGCUGGCAGAUUACGAUGAUGAACAUCAUCCUGGAACCACCUCCUUUGGAAUGUCUUCAUUCAACCUGAGUAAUGCUAUCAUGGGAAGUGGGAUCUUGGGCCUUUCCUACGCCAUGGCCAACACGGGGAUCAUACUUUUUAUAAUCAUGCUGCUUGCGGUAGCAAUAUUAUCCCUGUACUCAGUUCACCUUUUAUUAAAGACCGCCAAGGAAGGAGGGUCUUUAAUUUAUGAAAAACUAGGGGAAAAGGCAUUUGGAUGGCCUGGGAAAAUCGGAGCUUUUGUUUCCAUUACAAUGCAGAACAUUGGAGCAAUGUCAAGCUACCUCUUUAUCAUUAAAUAUGAGCUACCUGAAGUAAUCAGAGCAUUCAUGGGACUUGAAGAAAAUACUGGAGAAUGGUACCUCAAUGGCAACUACCUCGUCAUAUUUGUGUCUGUUGGAAUCAUUCUUCCACUUUCUCUUCUUAAAAAUUUAGGUUACCUUGGUUACACCAGUGGAUUUUCUCUUACCUGCAUGGUGUUUUUUGUCAGUGUGGUGAUUUACAAGAAAUUCCAAAUACCCUGCCCUCUGCCUGUUCUGGAUCACAAUGUUGGAAAUCUGACAUUCAACAAUACACUUCCAGUGCACAUGGUAAUAUUACCUAACAACUCUGAGAUUAAUGGCGUGAACUUCAUGAUGGAUUACACCCACCAAAAUCCUGCAGGGCUAGAUGAGAACCAGGCCAAGGGCUCUCUUCAUGGCAGUGGAGUAGAGUAUGAAGCACACAGUGAUGACAAGUGUCAACCCAAAUACUUUGUGUUCAACUCCCGGACGGCCUACGCAAUUCCCAUCCUAGCAUUUGCUUUUGUGUGCCACCCUGAGGUCCUUCCCAUAUACAGUGAACUUAAAGAUCGGUCCCGGAGGAAGAUGCAAACAGUGUCAAAUAUUUCCAUCACGGGAAUGCUCAUCAUGUACCUGCUUGCUGCCCUCUUUGGUUACCUAACCUUCUAUGGAGAAGUUGAAGACGAAUUACUUCAUGCUUAUAGCAAAGUAUAUACAUUUGACACCCCUCUCCUCAUGGUACGCCUGGCAGUCCUUGUGGCAGUGACACUAACUGUGCCCAUUGUCCUGUUCCCAAUUCGUACAUCAGUGACCACACUCUUAUUUCCCAAAAGACCCUUCAGUUGGAUAAGACAUUUCUUGAUUGCAGCCAUACUUCUUGCACUUAAUAAUGUUCUGGUCAUCCUUGUACCCACUAUAAAAUAUAUCUUUGGAUUCAUAGGGGCUUCUUCUGCCACUAUGCUGAUCUUCAUACUUCCAGCAGUGUUUUACCUUAAACUUGUCAAGAAAGAACCUCUUAGGUCACCACAAAAGGUUGGGGCUUUAAUUUUCCUUGUGGUUGGAAUCAUCUUCAUGAUUGGAAGCAUGGCACUCAUUAUAAUUGACUGGAUUUACAACCCUCCAAAUUCUAAGCAUCACUAACCCAAAGAAAAAUACCUUUUCUAUUGGAAAUGGUUGCAAAUUAUGCUGCAAAAGACAUUUGAGUUCUAUUGAUUGGAAUGUUAUUCAUAGGAAAUAACGGGAAGAUUCCAAAGAUGUUUAUAGUAACAUCACCAGGCACCUGUGGAAGAAAAAAAAGCAUCAUUUUUGUCAAGAAUGGCUGUUUAUAGGUUUAAAACCUGCGGUGCACAUUUCUACCCAGGUUUUCCUAAAACAGUGUGAGAGGAUGCAUUUUUGCUGUUGCACAAGCAGAAUAAGGGUAGCUGCAUGGAAUGGUCAUCAGAUAAUACCUUUUCCCCUCCCCCUCAAAUUACCAAAUAUUUGUAUUCUCAGAACAUCCAACAAAAAUGCCCUGGUGGCAAAGCUAUCACCGCUUAAUGCCUUCCCCCAAUCCAGCACCAAAUACUCUAGGUCUAUUUAAUAACAGAGGCAAAAGCCAUGUCUUAGGAACUGUCCCUUUAAGGUACAUGAAUGAUCAGACAGCCAGCUAGAACAUCUUAUUGUCAACAGUGAAGGAAUAUUUGCCCAUUUGUUUGUGACACUGAAUUAAUGAAUUCUUCAUUCAAUAGAUUUUUGGUAAAUGUUAAAGACAUCUUAUUAAACACAGGCAUAUCUCGUUUCUUGUGCUUUGUUGUGCUUAGCACUGAGGUUUUUUGCGGGUUUUUUUCCCUGUUGGUUUUUUGUUUGUUUGUUUCUUUGUUUGUUUGUUUGUUUGUUUACAAAUUGGUUCAUGACAACCUUGCGUGGAGCAUCAUUUUUCCAACAGCAUUUGCUCACUUUGUGCCUCUGUCACAUUUUGGUAAUUCUCAUAGUAUUUCAAACUUUUUCAUUAUUAUAUUUGUUAUGGUGAUCUAUGAUCAGUGAUUAAGACUUGCUGAAAGCUCAGAUACGGUUAGCACUUUUUAGCAAUUUUUUAAUUAAGGUAUGUACAUUUUUUUAGACAAUACUGUUGCACACUUAGUACACUAUAGCAUAAGCAUAACUUUUAUAUACACUGGGAAGCCAAAAAAUCUAUCUGACUUGCUUUAUUGUAAUACUCGCUUUACUGUGAUUGUCCGGAACCAAACCUGCAAUAUCUCCGAGGUAUGCCUACAUGUCUUAUCAACUGUCCCUGAAAGGUACAUACAUGAAAGAUCAGACACCAGUACACCUUACUGUCAACAGUAAAGGAAUGUUUCGCCUCUUCUGUUUGGGACACUGGAGUGCCUUCUUCGUUCAAUUUUUUUUAUGUAUAAAUGUUAAAACAUCUUCUAAACAGAGAGAGGGGCUUUAAAUUAUAGAGCAACAACAAAAAUAAUGCUUAUUGCUCAACUGCCUGUUCUGGAAGCAUUUGUUCUUCAAUAUUAUUCCUAGUCCUCUUGUCACGCUUUUUUGUCACUGAACAAUGCUCUCCCUCUCGUCUUCCAUUGUCAUUCACAAUUUUUAGAUAGACCACGAUUCAUGUGGAGCUACAUUACCCAGUAUUGUUUGAUACAUUUUUAUUUGAUAAACAUUCAGUGCAGGAAACUGUGAUUGCUAUAUGUGUAUGUAUAUAAUCUUAUUCUGUAGUCAUCAGAAUUUUGAUGUAUGGUACAUUUGAUUUUUAUUUUUUACAUGUGUAGUUUUCUCUCUUCACAGUCAAAACGUUUAUGUUAUUGAGGGUGGGGGCAGGGAAUUAUGUUGAUAAACUCAAAAAUCCAUUUGUAUGUAUCUGCCUAUUGGGGAUAUUUUAAAUUUGAAACCUAAGUUAUAUAUAGUUCAGUAAUGCUCUUCAAUGUUUACAAAAACAACAAUCAUCUACAAGAAAAUAAGUUCCUUGUUUGCAAAUAAUUGUCAGUACCAAAGUUGUUCUUCUAACUAAGCAUGUCUAAAAUAGGAUUUAGUUCAUUUUAGCUUGCACAGGAGUCUGACAUUCAUUUGCCAUUUAAUGCAAUGUUGAAUGGUUCUCCAUAAAAGUGCUAACACACAGAGAUGCAAACUGGUAUUCUUGCUCCCUUCAACAACAUGCUCACAUAAAAUGGAUUUAAAAACUAGCACUUGCUGCCCAGAAUUUCUAGACUUUGCCACUUCCUCCCCCCCUAAAUCGGUAGGAAGAACAUUUAUUGUAGAUUUUUAUAUUUUAGUCAAGCCAAGUAUGAAAUACAAGUAUCGGCUAAGUAUAAUAUUAAAUCAUAUUUCAAUAGGGUUUUUUGUAUUGUGCCUUAAGAAAACGUACAUUUGUUUUAUAUAUUAUUUUCUAGAGGCAUAAUACUGUCAAAUGGUGCACUUUGUUAUGGAAACUGAGCAUUACUAGACACUAUCAUAACUUUGGAGUCACUAUUAUCGGAAAAUACUUGCCAAAUAGCAUCUUCAAGAUAGGUUUCUAUUAACGGUCACCUAGAGAGUGUGUCAAAAUAAGAAAAUGGAAAAAGUUACCUCUGAGUGUUAAAGGUUUAAUCUGAAUGUAUUUAAAUAUAAAGAUGAAGACUGAUUCAAAAAUUGGGGAAGUAUCCAAUCUGUAUUAGUCUGAAUACUUUACCUUUGAAAUUACGAACUUGAAAAUAUCAACGUCUGUAAUUAUACAGAUAUUCAAGAGCAAUACUACAGUGCCAAAUAAUAAAGCACCAUUUUUUUCUCAUGGCAAUUUUCAGGAUUGGAGCUCACAUAGACUGCAGGGCAGGCUUACAUAUGGUAUCUUGUACUGGUUAAUUUAACCCCAUUUAUAAACAGAUGAAAGUUUUAUUUUCUUAUUUCAUUUAUAAGAUGGUUCAAUGUACUGGGAGGCUUUUUUUUAUUACAGAAAGUGUAUAUUGGUAUAUAAUAAAUGAACUUUUCAAAUGAC